GGGGUCGCCGACAGACUACGUCACCAGGCGGAAGCAAUCCACCGGCCAACUAACGCAGCGCGUGCUCGGAGCUCGACUGCUUCAGCCUGGCGGCCGCUCCGGGAAGAGGGAGCGGUGCCGUGCGGCCAUGUGGGCGCCACCUGCAGCCCCGGAGGGCGAGCGUCAUGGCGGCGGUUCGCUCUCUCCCCGGGACCCCGGACCUGCCCACGCUGCACGCCAAGCUGCAGGGCCUGCUGCGCUUCCUGAGGGGCGCCCUGCCCAUUUCGAGCGCGCACACGGUGGACUUCUACACCGAGUCGCUCUGGCAGGAGCUGGUCGACUUGAACCCCGACGGCGUGCUGGCGGCGCUGAGGGAGUCGGCGGCGGAGGCCCGGCCGCGGGAGGAGGGAUCAGGUUUUAUUGAUCUCCCCCAAGUAUUUUGUGAAACGUCUCAGAAGCUGAUGAGCACGGAAGCCUUUGCUUUGGCCGCCAAGUACUACUCUGUGCAAAGCUUGGGGCUGUGUACUCCUUUUGAGCAGUUGCUUACCGCCCUUCGAGUAAACAAAGAGCAGAGAACUGGUGAAAAUGUGAAGGCAAUUAAGUUUAUGAAUACAAAAAAAUCUCAUGAAGUUCAGGCAAUGUCAGAGCUAAUCUGCAGUAUUGCUGAUUACUAUGGUUUAAAGCAGAUAAUUGACGUGGGUUCUGGUAAAGGCUACCUAAGCUCCUUUUUGUCCUUAAAGUAUGGUUUAAAUGUUUAUGGCAUCGAUUCCUCAAAUACUAACACUCAUGGAGCUAAGGAGAGAAACAGGAAGUUGAAGAAACACUGGAACCUGUAUCAUGCUCAGACAAGAGGAGAUGCCCAUGGACCGGCAUUAAAAAUGCCGGAAGGAAAGGAAGUGCAAAAGGAAGUAAAGUGUAAGGGAGGUUUUGAGAGUGCACCGACGAACACUCUUGUGACUCAAGACUUGUCUGCCAAUGUUUUGCCAGAGUUUUCAAAGUCAGCAGGUUCGGUCAUUAGGCAACGACAAGGAAAUCUCCAUGCUCAGCCACUUGAAACUGCCUUGUCUCUCAUGGACAUUUUGCCUGUUGAUGCCGUUGAACCUACUUCAUCCCAGGUACACAACACCGAGAUGUUGGAAGUGAGGAAAUGGAGAAGAAAGGUGACGACAUCCAAACCUAGUGACUCAAGUAUAUAUUCACCACUGACUUCUUUUAUCACUGCUGAUUCAGAAUUGCACGACAUUGUUAAAGAUCUGGAGGACUGUUUAGUGGUGGGUCUUCAUACUUGUGGUGACCUUGCACCAAACACUCUACGGAUAUUUGCAUCCAAGUCUGAAGUCAAGGGAGUUUGCAGUGUGGGUUGUUGCUACCAUCUCUUAUCUGAAGAAUUUGAAGACCAGCAUAAAGAAUAUGCUCAAGAAAACUGGGGCUUUCCAAUGUGCCGCUAUCUGAAAGAGGAGAGAUGGUGUUGCGGCCGUAAUGCAAGAAUGUCAGCGUGCUUGGCAUUGGAACGGGUUGCAGUUGGCCAAGGGCUGCCUACUGAAUCACUCUUCUAUCGUGCUGUUCUGCAGAAUAUUAUUAAAGAUUAUUACGGCAUCACAAAAUGUGAUCGGCACGUUGGUAAAAUUUAUUCCAAAUGUUCUUCCUUUCUGGAUUAUGUCAGAAUGUCUCUAAAGAAGCUUGGAUUAGAUGAGUCCAAGGUCUCUGAAGAAAUUAUAAUGGAUUACUAUGAAAAAUAUAAACCUAGAAUGAACGAGCUGGAGGCAUUUAAUAUGUUGAAAGUCGUCCUGGCUCCUUGCAUAGAAACCCUGAUUCUUCUUGAUCGACUGUGUUACCUGAAGGAACAGGAAGAUGUAGCGUGGUCGGCUCUUGUGAAGUUGUUUGACCCUGUCCAGUCUCCCAGGUGCUAUGCUCUCAUUGCCCUGAAGAAGCAGCGGUGACCGCAGUGGAGGCAGGUGGCUAGUCAGCUUGUUUGGGGACUUACCUCGAAGAUUACUUUUCUAAAACAUUUAUCUUUUAAAUAAUUGCUAUAUUUUAAGUAAUAAAAUAAUGGCUAACAAUGUAAGAUCAUAAUCAGUUUUUCCAUUCUCAAAGCAUACGUUAAUAAAACAAGAACUUAUGAAAAUAUUAUGGCCAACCUUCCUUAGUGUGUCAAUAGCAGAUUGUAAUCUGACUUUAAUUCUUGUUCAAUAUUUGGGACCCUUAGCAUUUACCACACAUCACAUUUUGGCCUCUUUUUGCUUAAAAGGAAAUGGUAAGUCUAAAUGUCGAUGUUGCUAAAUGCUUGUUACUCUGUAUUUUUCAGAACAUUUUGGAAUAGUUUCCACAUUGCCAUAAUGGGGAGAUAUACAUUAAAAAAAAAAACUCACAAGCAGGUCAGUUAUAAAAUAUGCCUAAUAUAGAGCAUAUUUUACGCUGUUUUAACAUAAAGUACACUUGAUGAUAUUCUAUUUCCUUAAGGAAAUGUGCAUCUUAUGAGUAAGUAUUCACUUCACGGAUUCUUGAGGCUAUUUAUCCUACUAAAAAGAAGUGAUGGGGUGGUGCUUAGGAGAAUUAAAUUGUGCUCUAUAAAAAGCCACCCUGAGUGAAGCCAGACAUGGGAGACGCCUCCCUGCCAAGUGUAGAACAAGUCCCUUUCUUUAGCAAAACACAGAGUUUCUCGUGCACACUAAAGAGCUGGAGAGCUGGGAUGAGGCUUUCUCGAUGCUCAGCUGGAGAGCCCUCUUAGAGUCCCUAGAGAAGAUAAAUAACUGUUUUGGUAAAUGGUUGAGCUUUUCCCCAGAUGAGAAGGAUUUUAUUUCUUCGGGGUUUCGUGUGGAGUUUCCAGCUGAUACAGAUGAUCAGGAACUGUACACAGCUAGUACUUUCCUAGUGAGCUACUUUAAACUACCUUUUGAUAAGAAUUCAAAUGUCUGGCCCUUUACAAUAGCCACAAAUAAUACAAAAUACCUUGGGUUAACUCUAACUAAGCAAGUGAAAGACCUGUAUGAUAAGAACUUUAAGUCUCUGAAGAAAGAAAUCGAAGAAGAUAUCAGAAAAUGGAAAGAUUUCCCAUGCUCAUGGAUAGGUAGAAUUAACAUAGUAAAAAUGGCAAUCUUCUGGGGCUACAGAGUGAGUUCCAGGAAAGGCGCAAAGCUACACAGAGAAACCCUGUCUCAAAAAAACAAAAAAAAAAAAAAAUGGCAAUCUUACCAAAAGCAAUCUACAGAUUCAAUGCAAUCCCCAUCAAAAUCCUGACACAAUUCUAUACAGACUUGGAAAGAACAAUACUUAACUUUAUAUGGAAAAACAAAAAACCUAAGAUAGCUGAAAGAAUCCUGUAUAAUAAAGCAACUUCUGGAGGCAUCAUGAUCCCUGACCUCAAGCUCUACUAUAGAGCUAUAGUAAUAAAAACAGCUUGGUACUGGCAUAAAAACCAACACGUGGACCAAUGGAAUCGAAUUGAAGACCCUGACAUUAAUCCACACACCUAUGAACAUAAGAUUUUUGACAAAGAAGCCAAAACUGUACCAUGGAAAAAAGAAAGCAUCUUCAACAAAUGGUACUGGCAUAACUGGAUGUUAACAUGCAGAGGAUGGCAAAUAGAUCCAUAUCUGUUGCCAUGCACAAAACUCAAGUCCAUCCCCUGAACUUGAUAGAAGAGAAAGUAGAAAGUAGUCUGGAACGAAUUGGCACAAGAGACCACUUCCUAAAUAUAACACCAGUAGCACAGACACUGAGAACGACAAUUAAUCAAUGGGACCACCUGAAACUGAGAAGCUUUUGUAGAGCAAAGGACACGGUCAACAAGACAAAGCAACAGGCUACAGAAUGGGAAAAGAUCUUGCACCAACCCCACAUCUGACAGAGGGCUGAUCUCCAAAAUAUAUAAAGAACUCAAAAAGCUAGACUUCAAAAUAAUCAACAGUCCAAUUAAAAAAUGGGCUACAGAGCUUAACAGAGAAUUCUCAACAGAAGAAUCUCAAAUGGCUGAAAGACAUUUAAGGAAUUGCUCAACAUCCUUAGUCAUCAGGGAAAUGAAAAUCAAAACAACUCUGAGAUACCAUUUUACACCUGUCAGAAGGGCUAAGAUCAAAAACACUAAUGACAGCUUAUGUUGGAGAGGAUGUGGAGCAAAGGGAACACUCCUCCACUGUUGGUGGGAAUACAAACUUGUACAGCCACUCUGGAAAUCAGUAUGGCGGUUUCUCAGAAAAUUGGGAAUAAGUCUUCCUCAAGACCCAGCUAUUCCACUCUUGGGCAUAUACCCAAGGAAUGCUCAAUCUUACCACAAGGACACAUGCUCAUCUAUGUUGAUAGCAGCAUUAUUCAUAAUAGCCAGAACCUGGAAACAACCUAGAUGCCCCUCAACUGAAGAAUGGAUAAAGAAAAUGUGGCACAUAUACACAGUGGAGUACUACUCAGCAGUAAAAAAACAAUGAUAUCAUGAAAUUUGAAGGCAAAUGAAUGGAACUAGAAAAUAUCAUCUUGAGUGAGGUAACCCAGACUCAAAAGGACAAACACAGUAUGUACUCACUCAUAAGUGGAUACUAGAUGUGAGGGAAGGGAUGGCCAGACUGCAACCCACAGCUCCAGAGAGGCUAGAUAACAGAGAAAGACCCUAGGAGGGACACAUGGAGGACCCUGUGAAGGAGAAGUGGAUGAGAUCUACACGAGUGAAUUGGGUGUUGGGGAGUUGCAGAGGGCGAGGAGUAGGGGAUGAGAACAUAGGGAAAUGGGAGGGUCAAACUGGAACAGGGACAGAGUGGGAGGGUAGGGAGGAAGAUACCAUGAUAGAUGAGGCCAUCAUGGGAAUAGGAAGAGGCAGGGUGCUGGGGAGGCUCUCAGGAAUCCACAAGGAUGACCCGACUUUGGUCUGCUGGCAGUGGUCCAGAGGGUGCCUGGACUGGUCUACUCUGGUGACCAGCCUAGCAAAUAACCUAGCUGUCAUCAUAGAGCCUUUGUCCAGUGACAGAUGGAGGUAGAUGCAGAGAUUCAUGGCCAGGUGCCAGGCUGCAGUGCAUGCCCCUACCCUCAGCAUCAUCUCACUGGCCUUGUUCAUUUUUUUUUUUUUUUGCUUUCUUAAUAGUGGUUAGUGCCAUGUGAUGACUAGUACAUCACACCUGCUGUGGCUGUCUCCAUGUUGGUGCUCAUAGGAUUGAUGAGCUCCUUAUAGCUGUGAGCCUAAUGAGGUAGUACGAACUUUCUCCUUCAGCCUUCCUCUUGGUGGGGUGGUUGUAUCAUAUGGUCAUCCCUGAAAACAUACAUACAAGUGACAUGGAGGCCGAAUAGGUUAUAUUUAGGAAUAUAUGUAUAUACAUAUAUGCAUGCAAUAACAAUUAACAACAACAAAAGAAGAAGCCAUGAUUUUGAUGGAGAGUGGAGGGGUAUAUCAGAGAGUUUGGAGAAAAGAAAGGGAAGAGAGAAAUGCUUUAAUUAUAUUCUCAAAAAUAAAAAUAACUAAUAAAGAAAGAUGGAAAUGUGCAUACAGUGAAUUUAUUCAAAUUGAUUGGCUGAGAAUACUCCUGGUUUUAAUUAAAGAGCUUAUUUCAUUAGUUGUGCUAAAGUGCGUUUUUGUUUCAACACACUGUCCUUUUAUUUCCUCAUAGUGUUUGCAAUACGUAGCUAUAUCAGAAGGAACAGAAAAUCUAGUUAGCCUGUUUUCUUUCCUUUUGUAAUUUUACUUCUAUAAAAAUUUGACAGCCUUCUUUGGCAACUGAAUAUUCAUUUAACAUUCAUUUCUCCUUAUGACACAAAGACCUCAUGUGAAAAACACUGUUUGCAUAAAAAAAUAAAGUGCAUCUAUUUCCUUAGCAUUUAAAGUUUACAGUAACUCACCUACAUUUUAAGAUAUUAGCAGAACUUGUAUCUGUCAGUUUGGACAUCCAGUAACAUGAGAGAAUAUACAUGAUCCUAUCGUGUUGAGAGAACAUUCGUGAUAUUGCAGCUUUACAUACACAAAUCCACACUACAGUGGUUGUAGAUGCCCACCUCAUAAAAGCUGUCCUUUCAGAGUUAGUUUACAGUUCAUUGAAGAGCAUAGUGCAUUGCUAUGAGCACCCUUCUCAUAAUCACCUUCUGGGGAUCUAAAACAAAAGCCUUAACAUCUCCAGGCUCAUCUGUAAAAUGUAGCCUCAUUUCAUACUAUGGUGAUAUUUUAUUUGUAUUAAAAUAUUAUUUGUAUGUUAAUAAAUAAAGUUGCCCGGGGGUCAGAGCUAUUAGCAAGCCAUAGGAAAGCAGGGCAGUGGUAGCGUACGCUUGUAAUUCCAGCACUUGGUAGGCAGAGCUGGGUAAGUCUCUGUGUGUUCAGGGAUACAGCCAUUAUUGGAUACACAUGCUUUUAAUCUUAAUACCAAUCAUGGAAAACCUGGAGGCCUAUACAGACAGGCUGUGAGGAGGCGGUCAUGUGGUUGGGUUUACAACCAAUGAGAAGGCAGGACAGGAACUCUAUAUAAAGACUUUAACACAGGGGUAGCUCUGGUUCGGAGAGGUAAGACCACCGCAGGAGGAAGGGUAAGGUUUUAGCUCUUAGCUCUGACCUCUUGGCUUUCUUCUUUGCAUUGGUUCUGUGUUUAUUAUUUAAUAAGAAGGUUGGAUACAUCUACAUUUGGCGCCCAGCGUGACAAGAAUUCAUUAAAAACCGCUUGGCUUGGCUUGGCGGCAGGUCCGGUUUCCAGCCUGGGCGGCCCGGCUGCCUAGCUUGGGCCCAGGCCUGACUGACCCGCAGCUGGAGCUACUUGCAACUGCUACAAACAACUCAGACCUGCCCUGCUGAACAGGGCCCCUGCCUGUAAAGCCAAGGCUUGACUCGGCUCAAGCGGCUACACUUUCUCUCUCUCUCUCUCUCUCUCUCUCUCUCUCUCUCUCUCUCUCUCUCUCUCUCUCUCUCUCGCUGGAUUCACACCUCGAACACCAGGUGGCUGUGAAAUUCCCUGGGAUUCUACUGUUCUACCCAGACUUGGUAAGUCAAUUAACAUAUCUAUUUAAAAGAGAAUUUUUUUCUACAUUAAAAAAAAAUGGGCUUUAUGUGUACAUUGGAAGAAAAUUGGGCUUUGUUUGAAAUUUUAGGCACUCUGACAAUGGAACAACUAUAUGAAAAGAUUAAUAUUGAUCGAAUUAUUCAGUUUAUUACUUUUCUUAUCCUCAUUUUACUAUUUAAAAAGAUCGUCAACUUAAGUGCCAGGAUAACAGUCUUAGAAAAACUUGUUAAACCGGUAAAAAUGAAUUAUAGAGAAAUUCA